GGAAAAUGAGAAGAUUGAGAGGUGUGAAGAGGAAUGGGGGAGGUGUUAUUGGAGUUGAGACUGGUAGUGUAGGAUGAGGCAGAGACUCUGGCUAUGGGUCUGGGGAGAGAAAUGUGGGAGAUGGAGAGAGGAGGAGACAGUGGAGAAAGGGAUGUGGGUGAUGUCUGGAGGAACAGAAUUCCAAAGGACAGAAGUUAAGUUAAACUUACGGGCUGUCUUGGUUUAGACUUGAAGCUCCUUGGAUGCUGCCUGAACUACUGUGCUCUUCCAGCAUCACUAAUCCAGAAUCUGGUUUCCAGCAUCUGCAGUCAUUGUUUUUACCUCGUUGAUUUACACCUGGAGUAGUGUACACCAUUCAGCUGCAGAAGGACCAAACAUCUUUCAAACCUCCAGUAGUCAUGACAACAGAAGCAUCCAUUCCAGCCAGUGCCAAAACUGGUGUGGGUGCCCCCACUCGUCGAGACUUCUUUUGGCUGCGCUCCUUGGUGGCAGGAGGUAUUGCAGGAUGUUGUGCAAAGUCAACAAUUGCUCCUCUGGAUCGAGUGAAAAUUUUACUACAAGCUCACAACCGGCAUUACAAACACCUUGGAGUGUUUUCUACUCUGCGUGCUGUCCCAAAGAAAGAAGGCUUCCUUGGCCUGUAUAAAGGUAACGGAGCAAUGAUGGUCAGGAUCUUUCCUUACGGUGCUAUUCAGUUCACUGCAUUUGACCGAUACAGAAAGCUCUUGAUAGCCAAACUUGGUAUCUCUGGGCACAUUCACCGAUUAAUGGCUGGAUCCAUGGCAGGGAUGACUGCAGUGAUAUGUACUUAUCCACUUGACAUGAUUCGAGCCCGUCUGGCCUUCCAGGUGAAGGGCGAGCACAGGUAUGCUGGAAUCAUUGAUGCUUUCAGGGUCAUUUAUACACAGGAAGGAGGACUUCGAGGGUUUUACAGAGGUCUGACUCCAACUAUUAUUGGCAUGGCUCCUUACGCAGGAAUUUCGUUCUUCACUUUUGGCACUUUGAAAAGUAUUGGCCUCAGUCAGGCUCCUGGUAUUCUUGGAAGGCCUUCGUCUGACAAUCCGAAUGUUCUGGUUUUAAAAACCCACGUGAACUUGCUAUGUGGUGGAAUAGCAGGCGCAUUUGCUCAAACAGUAUCAUAUCCUCUAGAUGUGGCUCGGAGGCGAAUGCAGCUAGGCUCCAUUCUGACUGAAGCUGAUAAAUGUGUAUCGAUGUGCAAAACUCUGAAAUAUGUCUAUAAAGUGCAUGGCAUACAGAAGGGCCUCUACCGGGGACUCACGCUCAAUUACAUUCGCUGUAUCCCAUCUCAAGCAGUGGCAUUUACCACCUAUGAACUGAUGAGACAAGUUCUUCAUCUGAACUGAGGGCAUUUCGGAAUGUUACCAGGACUAUCAAAUUCAUGAUUGUGAUCUUGUGACUGUCAACCAGAAGAACAUUUCCACAGUAGAGACUCUGAUGUGAGAACUGCUGGGCACUAAACUGUUAUUUAUUUAAUUGAGUAAUUAAUUGUGAUUAAGAUUGAAAGUCAGCAUCAGUGUUCUGUGUUUUCAGGUUUGUGAAAAUUAUUGCCGUCCUAUUCCAUCCUUGCAUUUCACUAGGCUUGGUAAUCAAUUUCAGCUUCUAUACCCCAAUUCUGAGAAGAGAGAGAUGAGGUUAACAUAGAGUCAUAGAAUCAUAGAGAUGUACAGCAUGGAAACAGACCCUUUGGUCCAACCCGUCCAUGCCGACCAGAUAUCCCAACCUAAUCUAGUCCCA